AUGGGGCCGGCUGGGCGCCAGUUCGGAGCCCUGAUCUGGAAGAACUGGCUUUGCAGACUCAGGCACCCGGUCCUUUCUCUUGCUGAAUUCUUUUGGCCAUGUAUCCUCUUCAUGAUUCUGACAGUGCUUCGUUUUCAAGAGCCUCCCAGACACAGAGACAAUUGUUUUUUGCAACCUCGGGAUCUGCCCAGCCGAGGCGUUUUCCCCUUUGUCCAAGGCCUUCUUUGCAACACGGGGUCGACCUGCCGGAAUCAGAGCUAUGAGGGAGCCACGGAGCACCAUUCUCGUUCGUCCAGGUUCUGGGCUGCAGCUGGCCGGCCCGGGAAGGUCAACGACCUGGCCUUCCUGGAAGAGGUGCGGGAGCUCGCCGAGGAAGUUUACGACGUGAUGGACAAGGCAAAGAUCUUACAGGAACUUUGGGCAGGAAGAUCCAAGGGCCCAGAUUCUCCUCAUGGCUCCAGUUUUUUGGCAAUUGAUCUCAAUAAGACGGAGGAGGUGAUCUCGAAAUUGGAAAAGCUCCACCAGCAGCCCCACAUCUGGAAUUUUCUACGUCUGCUGCCGAGACUGUAUGCCCACGACACUGGCGUCGCAGACCGCAUCCGCACGGGGAUACGCCUCCUCCAGGCAGCUCUGAAUUCCUUGGCAACUUUGGAAGAUUUAGACUGGCUGCCACUCGACCACAGGUUUUCCACCAUUUCUGAAAUCGCGCUGAAUGUGACUGUUUCGAUGCUGACGUUUCUGCAGGAGCAGGGAGCGGCCACCCCUGACUUAGGAUACACCUUGUCCCUGAAGAAGCUGGUGUGGGAUCCACAGAAGGUCCAGGCUGACCUGAAGUCCCGAUUUGGUUUUGACGACCUUCAUGCAGAACAGAUCCUGAAUUACUCAGUCGAACUACAGGAGAUUCCCACAGAUGGGACCUUGGAGCGGAUGGUGUGUUCCGUCUUGUCCCGAACCUCCGAGGACGAAGCUGGCCAAGAGGGUCACCCUGGAGACUGUCACCCCCGCUGGUCAGCGGCCACAGACUACCUGGUGCACGCGGUCAGCUGGCUGCAAGUCUACAAGCAGGUGUUCGAUCAGUGGCAAAAAGGCAGCCUGCUUCAGAAGGUGCUCGAAGGGGCUGCCCGCAGCCUGGAGGCUCUCGGCGAUCAGUUUGUGGAAGAGACUGAGCCCCGGAAGGUGCUAGAAGCCCUGCACACUCUCCUUCUCAUCCUGAGUGACGGCUUGGCAGCAGAUGACCCCAGCGGCGACCAUUCGUCUCCAAAGACUCACAGCUUCCAGCCAGAAGAAGUGGGAAACCCCGCGGCCCACGCCUGUUCUGGGCACCGAGGAUGCCGGCUUUACAGGCAGGACCUCCUGCCCCAGGGCGAUGAGAUGCGGGAGAGGCUAGCCGGCGAUCGCCUUUUGCGAGAACUCAUCGCUGGGCUCACAGAUACGCCAGUUUCGGUACCCGGAGGGUUUCUGGGCUGGCAGGAAGUGGAGACACAGCUGGCGGACAUGGGCCUGUCCUGCACGCGGCUCUUCCGGGUGCUGGGAGCUGCCGGCUCACCUGGGAACAAUGACUUUGCCGGUGACUGUGAGGACCAGCUUCUCGCCGCAGCGGUGUUUCAUAGUCUGGAGCAGGUGCAGUUGUCCCUGGAAGAAACAUCCUACUGGAAAGCCUUUGAGGGGUUUAUCAGGAAGACCUGUGAACUGGUCCGUUACGUGAAUGCGCCAGAAAGUGUCCAGAACGGUUUAUCUGCUUUCUCUGAGGAAUCUCCUUGUUACGAAGAAAACAUGGACUGGGAAAUCAUCACUGAUAAUUAUUUUGACUUUUUGAGUAACUUACUCAAGUCUCCAGCUGCUUCCAUAGCCAGGAUCUUGAAUUCCUCCAAGGAACUUCUCCUGAUGGAAAAGAGAUUGCAUUCCCCGGAGGACGAGCAAAUGCACUUUUUUUUAUCGCUGGUGGGAUUUCUGGAGAAAUUAUUGCCUAAUCCUUUCGACUCGCCCCGGGUUCCCAAGUCCCGUGACCGCCCAUCUCCCACCAAGACUCUUCUGAACACAAGCCAUUUGUGGGUAAAUCAUUCAAGAAGUUUAGAGAGAGACCCAUCUGCUCUUGAUACUCAGAAACUUCUGGAACUUGGCAAAGCAGUGAUCGCAAGAGCACAAGCUCUUGAACGUCUCUGGACAGAGAAGGAAUCACAUGAUAUUUUGAGAUUUAUGGAAUUAGUACUUUCUGAAAUGAAUCCCAAGCUCCUGGAGUUGUGGACGGAUGGAAUUUCAAAAGGGGAAAGAGACACACUGGAGACCUUGACUACAGGUCUUAACUUUUCUGUUCCAGAAGACGAGAGGGUUCUUAGCAAAAGCUUUAACUUUUCUCAGUUGUUCCAUUCAGAUUGGCCUCCAUCGCCAUCUGUGAAAAUGGACUUUGUACAUUUAUGUGAAACGGUCCUAAGCAGCCUCUAUGAAUUCGGAUUUCUGAGGCAGGGCCAAGUCUCAGAGGCUCUGGACGUAGUCUGCGCUUUACGGAACCUGUCUGAGCGUUUCUCAGCCCUUCCUGAACCUGAAAAACGAGAAGUUGCUAAAAUCUUGACUCAGCUCUAUCUCAGCGUCUUCCAGGACAAAGAUUCAGCUUUGCUUCUGCAGAUUUAUUCUUCCUGGUUCCAAUCCAUGUCUGAAUUCUUGAGCAUUCAGGGCACAGACUCUUUGCUACCCUCCCUUGCACAAAUCUCAAAACACAUUUUGGAUAUCAUAAAGCAAUUUCAUUUCCAGAACAUCAGUGAAGCAUUUGCAUUUUUAUAUGAGACAACAGGGGUUCUCGAGGGAAUUUCGGAGGGAUCUUAUUGUCAGCAGUUGCUUUCAUUUUUUAACUACUUGGAACUUCAGGCCCGAUCCCUGGUGUCUACACAGGGCCCCGAAUUGGAAGUGAUUCAUGCUACGUUGACAGGUCUCAAACAGCUGCUCGUGGCCAACGAGGAUUUCCGUAUUUCUUUCUUUCAGUACAUGAGCCAGUUCUUCAACGGAUCAGUAGAAGCCCUUUUGGGUAAUGAAUGCUUUGCUUUGGAUAGUAAAAACGUUUCUUCCGUGAAUUAUUCAACAGACAGAGGGUCUUCAUUUAUUCUUCCAUGGGCACAAAUUCUUUCAAACCUGUCCGCGAAUGGCAGUGUGUUCAAUGAGUUAAUGGCUGUUCGCUGCACCGUCUCGUGGCUCCAAAUGUGGACUGAUAUCUGGGGAAGCAUAUCUCAGAUAUUCAAGUUUGGCGUGAAUAUUUUCACUCCUCUUCAUGAUGGCCUCACUCAGCUUCUGGAUGAAUUGGAAGGUGAUGUGAAAGUUUCUAAAAGCUGCCAACGAAUGUUUCCUACCCACCACCCCGCCAGACUCAUACUGAAUUUGUUUAAAAAUGUAACCCAAGCUGAUGGCUUUCAUGAUUGGGAUGAGUUUUUGAGUCUCAGGGAUCUUUGGGUAGUAGUGGGUGAUGCCUUAGUUAGUGUAAAGUCACUUAACCCCGACCAAGUAGAGAAAUCCCUUUUCACCAUGGAGACUGCCCUGAGUCAGCUAAAGACAUUUCCAUUAAACACAAAUGCCAGCAGAGAGUUUUUAUAUUCUCUGCUUGAUGUUUUCAUGGAGUUAAGCGAUACCUCAGAAUACAUCGACAGAGAUGUACAAUUGUUAAAUCACUUUCUUUCAAAUAACCUCACAAAUCAUGGAAUGAAGUUUGAAAGUGUCAUCAAGGAGCUAAGAGAAACAAUGUUAUUGCUUAGAAAUGUGUCACGUGACCAAGAUUUAUUGUCCUGUGCCAAUAUUUUCCAAAAUGUUACCGAGUUUAUUUUGGAAGAUGGCUUAUUAUAUGUAAAUAUCUCACAGAGGACAUUACAUAUUCUGGCCAUGUUAAAUUCCACAUUUUCCUCCGAGGACACAAGCAGCAGACGGAAGGGGUGCGUUGCAUGGGUAGAUAUCAUGAACCAUCUGUACAUGAUGUAUAACUCCAGUGUUUCACAAGGUUAUCCUCGGGGUAUUUGGAAGAGUUUCAGAGAUGUAGAGAACAAAAUUAACUCUACAUUGAAGCUUGUUACUGGAAUGCUGAAUAUAAAGGACCCUCAUUGUUCGUUCAACAUGUCAGAUCCAGAUUGUGUGAAUACUGUAUUGAAAAAUGUAACCGAUUUCCUAAAUGUGAUACUCACUGAAGUCUUUGAAGAGGAAAAGGUACCUAAAUUAGAGAUUUUAUUAACUCUUUUAAAUGAUUCCACAGACCAAGUAAGGAUGAUUAUCAACAACUUGACAAGAGACUUUGAUUUUGUAUCUCAAUCCCACUGGAAACGUUUUACUGGAUUCGUUCUAAGACCCAAAGAAAUGUCAGAUGACUUACCUAGCCGAUUUAAAAAUCUUUGGCUGCAUUUAGUAGCUCUGGGGAAGGAAGUUCAGAAACUUAUGAAGGCUGUCUCCACUCACAUCCUAGAAAGUGAUUCCUCUUCUACAUCCGAGAAGCUUUUCAACGUAUUUGCUACCAGUCUAAAAGAAAAGGAUGUCAACAGCUUGGGCAAUUCAUUAUAUCAGUUAGCCAGUUACCUUGCCUUCAACUUCUCUUAUGAUCUCCAACAUCCACCACAAAUGAGUCCGCACAAAAUCACGAAAGCUGUAGGACUUGGUAUCCAACUGAUGAGGGAUGUGUUCAACUCCCUGACGCCCUCAGUUCUUCACAACAUUCCACGAGAUGCAGGUAAUAGUCAAGUGUUCAAGAAGGUAACUUCUCUCCUGCGUACUCUCAAGAAGCCAGACAUAGACCUACUGGUCGACCAACUUGUACAAAUGAAUGAAGCGCUAACCGAUUUCUUUAAGAACGUCAGUAGAUUGGGUCCUGGCCGUUUGGGGGCCAACCUGCUUGUUGGCUUGCUGGAAAAAUUUGUGGACAGCUCACAUUCUUGGAAUGUCAAUCACCUGCUCAAGCUCUCACGCCUGUUCCCGAAGGAUGACGUUAACGCGGUGGUAGACGCCUACUACGUGCUUCCUCAUGCUGUGAAGCUCCUGCAGAGAGGAGUUGACAAAAACAUCACAGAAAUCCUCGAGGAUGUCUACAAGUUCACUGUCCUUCAUGGCAUCAGCAUCUCAAAUAUCACCAAGGAAGACUUUGCUAUUGUGUUAAAAACUCUUUUGGACACGGUGGAAUUAAUAUCAGAUAAACCAGCAAUUCUUUCCGAGGCUUUAACUUGCCUUCCUGUGGUCUGGUGCUGGAAUCACACGACUUCUGGAUCGAGGCAAGAUCCCAAGGUAGAAGCCUGUAGAUCCCACGAGCUCACGUCUUCUUCCUUUUAUCGCAAAGUGGCCAGAGUACUCGACCUGCUCCACCUCUCUCCCGUGGGUGGAGGUUUACAAUGUUCGGAUGAAGGCUCACAGGAGGAGAUUUCUAGGACGAUGGUCUGUGUCAUUCAUGAACUAGUGGACUGGACUUCCAUUUUUCUAGAGCUGUCCGAAGUCUUCCACGUUCAAACUUCACUUGUAAAAACCAUGCGAGAAUUUUGGCAUAAAGUGUUACCGUUUGUCCCGUCUUCUGGAAAUCAAAGCAACGGUGGCAUCUCUGAACUUUGUCCCCACGGCCCCCUAAAGCAAGUUGCUUCGCAGAUCAUAGCAACACUGAAAAGUGUUAGCUUUACAAAAGUUGCACCAGAUGAAAAGAUUCUUGAUACACUAGCCAAUUUAAGCAAGAUCCUCAACAUUAACGAAGGCACAGAGGCAUCUGUUCAAAAUAAGAUUUCCUUAAAUUUGGAAAGGAUCAUGAAAUUGCCUUCUGGGGAUCGGCACCUAGAAAAUGGUGCCCAUUCUGUAGACUCUCCAUUUGUGAUGUUUCUGGAUGCUAACGUGACGGACAGUGGUUUAGAAGCACCAAGCUUUACUAAAACAAGUGAAGUGACUUAUAACUCUUCUUACUUUGAGGAACUGUGGCUUGAGGUUGAACAAAUCAUGACAGAGCUAAGCCACGACUUUCCUAUCAGACACCUGGUUUCUGAAAUUAACAAAGAAAUUCAAAUGAUCAAUUCAGAGACUGUUCAUAAUAUAACUUUGCAACUUGCCCGUGUGUUUGAAAGCCUGGGGUCCUUGUCACUGAAAACAUCAGAAAUCAUUGAAGAUUUUCUAUUGGGCAUGAAAAACUGGCUCCAUAAACGUGCAAACAAACAUGACUCUAGAAUGAUUGAGACGUUAUUUCUUCUGACAGCCAACAAGAAUGCAACUGAUGAUACAGCUCUGUGGAUCAAAGAUUUUGCUACCUUUUUGGGUUUUCUCAAAGCCAUUUCUAGGGAAGGUGACCUUGACGUUGCCCAUUUGACACAACUGCUAAGCCAAGAGCAGCUAACUAAUUUGUCGCUCGUUCAAUUCCUUUUUGAAAGUGUCCUAAUUAAUUCAAUCAGUAAGUUAGCUGGGAGUUCUCUGGAGGCAGCCUCAAAUUCGAGUGAUACUGACCUUCAGAUAACGAAUUUCAUUAACCUCACCUUGAACCAGACUCCUUCAGGAAAUGGUGCCGGCAUAAUCCUCCCUCCAAGAAGUGCAGUGGAUUUCAUGGAACAGCUUUUGCAAACGUUCUUCUCAUUUUUACUGGAGGAAAAUUCUGAGAACAGACUAUCUCUUCUGCUGAAGGCCUUCCACAAAGACAUCGCUGCAGAGAUGAGCUUUGUCCCAAAGGAUAAAAUUCUAGAAAUUCUGUCACUGGAUCAAUUUCUUACCAUCUUGAAAGACGACAGACUGAUGAGCAUUUUCUCAAGUUUAAAGGACGCUAUACAUCAUCUCAUCCAAAGGCCGUUUAUUUUAGACAAUGGACAAUUUCAUUUUGAUAUUCAUCGAGGACUGAAGUUCAUGAGAGAUUUAUUUAGUGCUCUUCCAAGGGAAACCUCGGGGACAAACAAGUCGGAAGAUAAUUUGGAGUUUCUUAUGGUUGUGAGUCACUUGCUCCGCCACGGGAACAGUUCUGAAGACCUCUUCCAACUCAAUCACGAUCUCAGGUCAGCCCUUCAGCUUGUGAGAGAAACUUCCACAGAGCUAGCACGGCUCAUGGACGCGCUCACCCACUCUCCUCACAGAGGCUUCCGUAACGUGUAUCCCGCACUCCGAGAAGUCAUACUUGCUAAUCUCACUGGUCUGCUUUCCUUUAUCAAUAAUUCAUUCCCUCUAAGGAACAGGACAACGUUAGAAAUGACCAAGAGAUUCCUUGGUGUUCUCUCAAGAGCUGGUGGAGGAAGUGGUGCCCCGGAGCCCCUGUUGGAAAUGACUGACACCAUGACCUUGCUGGUGCGGGACAUUGCCGACAUGAGAGAUCUUGCCUCCUCGGUGAACUCCGCCGUGGAACUGGUCAGGCUAGCCCAGAAGGUUUCCAGGAAGGUGGCCACUAUUUUUGAAGCCCAUUUCAUCUCUAGUGCCAAUGACACCGUGAAAUUCUUUGACAGUCUCUAUUCUGUUUUGCAACAAAGUGUUCGAAAUGCUGUGAAUGAAAUAAUGACUUUGAAAAACGUAGACCGUUUCCCAUCUGAAAAGAUAAACAACUUGUUGACGCCGUUUCUUGACUUGGCUUUUGGGAUGACUGGCGUCACACCUAAUAUUUCACAAGACUCUGAUAUUGUCAACACGUCAUCUAGCACAUUCUCUCAUGUGAACCAGUCCAAGGACUUUUCUGAUAUUUCGGAAGAAAUUGCUGAAUUUUUAACUUCCGUGAAAAUCAACUUGGGGGCUAUGGAGCUUCUUCUGGUAGCUUUUAAUAACGCAACUCAAAUAUUCCAUAUGGAUUCUGUCAACCUAUGGGAAGAAAUUUUGGAUUGCUUCGUUCCUAUAAGUAGUAUCAUCAACCAGAUAGACUUCUUGCACCCUCGUCCACUCCCCACUCAUUGUUGCCCUCAAGGUACUAAAUGGGAAAGAACCCAGGAAGUGAUCCUGUUUUUGGAUGAAAUGCUAUCACGAGACAGCACGGAAAUAGGGACGUACUUGAGAAUGGCGAUUGAUCUCACCUUGGAAGCUCUUUGGAGUAACUUAGAGAAGGAUAACAGGUCUGUCUUUAAUCUGUUGCUGACAUUGGUUCAACAUCCAGAUGACCUUCUGAAAGCCAUAGAGACAGCUGGGGAGGUCUCUGGUGGAACAGGUGAUCUGAGCGAAGCUUUGUUUUCCAACGCAUCUCUGAUUCCGAAUGUAACUCGUCAACAACUCGAGCAAUCAGUCCAGAUCAUGUUAAGGAGAAUAGCUCUCUUGAGAAAAGAAUUUCCCCUGAACAACUCUCAGUGGGUAGAUUCCAUGAGAACAUUGUUCCAGCCCAUCUUUGAGAGUUUUAUUAAUGCAGCCACUGGAAAGAAUACCACAUCGGGGAAAGAAGAGAGCAUCGAGGAGGUGAUGGCUGAUUUUCCUUACAUCCUCAAACCGCUAUCAAGUUUCGAGAAGUACCUGAAGGAACUAAUUGCAUUGACGGAGUGCUGGCAAGAGGUCCCACUGAUGGAUCAAAGUGUUGCCAUGUGUCGGAUUUUCCAGCAGCCUCGGAAACCCCCGGAAGCCGUGGCGACUCUGCAGAAGGUGACGAUGCUGGCUCUGCACCUGUUCCUCAUCCUUGCAGGUGGGCUGUUCCUGGCCCUGUGCCGACGUUCAGGGUUCGGCUGUCUGCGAGAUGGGUUGGCCCAAAGCCUCGAGGAGACUUGGUUGUCGGGGAAUCCCGUGAUGGCCUUCCUCAGGAAUUUCACAGUGACCGAAGAUGUCAGAGUCAAAGAUGUGAUGCAGAACGUCUCCAAGCUCACCAGGGAGCUCCAAUCUUCCAUCCAUGUCUCAAACGAGACCAUCCACAGUGUUCUAGAAGCCAGCAUCUCCCAUUCGCAGGUUCUCUGGAGCAUCCUCGCGGUGGCUUUGUCCGGAAGGUGUGAUCUAGACGCCCUUCGCCUGCUACUGGCGUUUCCCGAGGAUGGGAAGUCGGGGUCUGCGGUGCGGGAAGUGUGUGCCCUGCCCGGGCCCGAAGUGUAUUCCCUGAUUGUGUCCAUGAGUCAGAACCUGAAUCUGCGGAGUUUCAUUUACAAAACUCUGAUGCCUUUGGAAGCGAGCAGAGUGCUCAGCUCCCUGUUGGACGUGCUCUCCAGGCUCAGCCACCUGCUUGCCAAAGCCGGCCACGUUCUGGAAUACCUUCCCGAAUUUCUUCGUGUGAAUAAAAUCACUGCCUUGCUGGACACGCCCGACUUUCAACAGGAUCCACAGAAUGGCCAGGCCAGAAGUUCAGCCUUCGGUUCUUUCCAGUCCGUGAUGAAGAAGCUUUGCAAGGAGCCCGCGUCGUUUUUCAGCGGCUCCAACUCGUUCAUUAACUUGCCCAGAGUUAACGAGCUCCUGGGAGGGGACAAAGAAAAAUUCAACAUUCCCGAAGAUUCAACACCAUUUUGCUUGAACCUCUAUCAGGAAAUUCUACAGUCUCCAAAUGGCGCUUUGGUGUGGUCCUUCCUAAAACCUGUAUUACAUGGAAAAAUACUGUACACACCAAAUACUCCAGAGAUUAAUGAGAUCAUUGGAAAGGCAAAUUAUACUUUUCAUUUCUUGGACAAGCUGAAGACUUUAACAGAAACCUUGCUGGAAGUGUCCAGCGUUUUUCAGAGUGGAGGGAGUGGCCAGAUGCUCAGCAAACUGCAGGCAGCCCUGAGAAACAAAUUCAUAAGAAACUUUGUAGAAAGCCAGCUGCACAUUGAUGUAGACAAGCUGAUGGAAAAGCUCCAGACUUACGGUGUCAUAUUCAACAGUUCGCUGGGCAGCAGGGACUUGGGGACACCGUCUCUGCGCCCGCCGCCCCACGUCACGUACACCAUCCGGACCAGUGUCCUACACAGCAUGAGGACAGAUUUGGUGAAAAACCCUUUCUGGAAGUUCCAUCCUCAGAACCUACCGGCCGAUGUGUUCAAGUACAACUACAUCUUUGUCCCUUUGCAAGACAUGAUCGAAAGGGCCAUCAUCUCGGUGCAGACUGGGCAGGAGGCUGAGGAGCCGGCCACGCAGACACAGGCCAUGCCGUACCCCUGUCACACCAGGGACCUAUUCUUGAACAACGUCGGUUUCUUUUUCCCUCUGAUCAUGAUGCUGACGUGGAUGGUGUCUGUGGCCAGCAUGGUCCGAAAGCUGGUGUACGAGCGAGAGAUCCAGAUAGAAGAGUACGUGCGGAUGAUGGGGGUGCACCCGACCAUCCUUUUCCUGGCCUGGUUUCUGGAGAACAUGGCCAUGCUGGCCAUCAGCAGUGCUGCCCUGGCCAUCAUUCUGAAAGUGAGUGGCAUCUUCGCGCACAGCAACGCCUGUAUCAUCUUCCUCUUCCUCCUGGAUUUCGCGGUGUCGGUCGUCAUGCUGAGUUACUUCCUGAGCACAUUUUUCAGCCAAGCCAACACGGCUGCGCUCUGCACUAGCCUGGUGUACAUGAUCAGCUUCCUGCCCUACAUCGUUCUGUUGGUUCUCCGUAACCAAUUGAGUGUUGUCAUUCAGACGUUUCUGGUAAGGAUUCAGUGGAAUAACAUGUACCAGCCCCUGGAGCAAACGGGUGUGACGUUUGGCUGGGUUUCCUGGAUGAUUCUCUUUGAUUCAGGCCUUUAUUUUGUAUGUGGAUGGUACUUGAACAACUUGCUUCCUGGAACUUUUGGAUUAAGGAAACCCUGGUAUUUUCCCUUUACCGCGUCGUACUGGAGGAACUUGGGUGGUUUCCUGGCAAAGAGACCACACGCUCCCAGUUCUAACCUGUCCUUCUCCAGCGAGAACUUUGACGAUAAAGGGUCCUCGCUGCCGAUCGGGGAGGGAAAGCCAGGAGGUCCCCCGGGCGUUGCCCUGCUGUCUGUGACCAAGGAAUAUGAGCGCCACAAGGCGGCCGUCCGAGACCUGACCCUCACCUUCCACAGAGGCCAGAUCACUGUCCUGCUGGGGACCAACGGUGCCGGGAAAACCACAGUCAUAUCCAUGCUGACGGGGCUCCACCCGCCCACUUCCGGAACCAUCACCGUCAACGGCAGGAACCUGCAGACAGACUUGUCUGCCAUCAGAAGGGAGCUCGGGGUGUGUCCUCAGCGGGACGUCCUGUUUGACAACCUCACCGUCCUGGAGCACCUGGUCCUCUUUGCUUCCAUCAAGGCCCCACAGUGGACCCGGAAGGAGCUGUGCCAGCAGGUCAACAGAACCCUGCGGGACGUGGAGUUAACGCCGCAUCGGCACAAACAGACCCGCGUGCUCUCCGGAGGCAUGAAGAGGAAGCUGGCCAUCGGCAUCGCCUUCAUCGGUGCAUCGGGGACCGUGGUUCUGGACGAGCCGACCAGCGGGGUGGACCCCUGCUCCCGCCGCAGCAUCUGGGACAUUCUUCUCAAGUACCGAGAAGGUCGGACCAUCAUCUUCACGACCCACCACCUGGAUGAGGCUGAGGCGCUCGGUGACCGUGUGGCCCUCCUGCAGCAUGGCCGGCUCCGCUGCUGUGGUCCCCCCUUCUGCCUGACCCAGGCCUAUGGCCAGGGACUCAGCCUGACGCUCAGCAAGCAGCCUUCUGCUCCGGAGACCGAUGACCUGAAGCACGUCACUCGUGCCACGUCUCUGAUCCAGACCUACAUCCCUCAAGCCUUCCUCAGAGACAGCAGCGGGGCUGAGCUGGUCUACGGCAUUCCCAAGGAUGCAGACAGAGCCUGCUUCAAAGGGCUGUUCCAGACCCUGGAGCAGAACCUCGACCAUCUGCAUCUGACGGGCUUCGGGAUUUCAGACGCCACACUGGAAGAGGUGUUCCUGACGCUGCUGCAAGGUUCCAAAAAGCAAUCGGACGCUGCUCUGGGAGCCGGCGUUGAGCCGCGGGACCAUGGGCCUCCAGAGCACUGUAAGGAUCAUUUUGGAAAUCUGGGACGGCCAGCAACCCAGAACGUCUCAAUUACUCUGGCUCAGGCGGGGGCCCUCCUGGUGAAGCGGUUCCAGCACACGCGCCGGGCCUGGAGGAGCUCCCUCUCCGACCUCCUGCUGCCUGUCCUCUUCGUGGCCUUGGCCAUGGGCUUGUUCAUGGUGAGGCCUCUGGCCAUUGACUACCCGCCCCUCAAACUAACACCUGGCCAUUAUGACACAGCCGAAACUUACUUUUUCAGCAGUGGGACCGAGGACCAGGAGCUCAUCCACGUGCUUUUGAGGGCGUUUGCAGAUGAGGAUCCGCUCUGUGAUGACGCCCCGAAGAAGAACUCUUCAUGCUGGCGAGUGGACCCCUCAUCUCACCCGCAAGUCCAGGAUUCCUGCACCUGCCUGACGUGUCUCAACAGAAGUGCUGGGGCUCCCUACCUGACCAACCACUUGGGCCACACUCUGCUGAACCUGUCUGCCUUCCACCUGGAGGAAUAUUUGCUGGUGCCGUCUGAGAAAUCGAGGCUUGGAGGCUGGUCUUUUGGAGUGCGGAUCCCCGAUCAAGUUCAAGGUGCAGAUGCAAACACAUCAGAAGGAAACUCUGUGGCAAAGGUGUGGUACAGUCAGAAGGGUUUUCAUUCCCUCCCGUCCUACUUAAAUCAUCUGAACAACCUUAUAUUGUGGACACACCUACCCCCUGCUGCGGACUGGAGACAAUACGGAGUGACUCUGUACAGCCAUCCGUACGGAGGGGCCUUGCUGAACGAGGACAAGAUCAUGGAGAGCAUCCGUCAGUGUGGCGUCGCCCUCUGCAUCGUGCUGGGCUUCUCCAUCCUGUCGGCGUCCAUCGGUAGCUCCGUGGUGAGGGACAGGGUGACCGGAGCCAAGAGGCUGCAGCACAUAAGUGGCCUCGGCUACAGGACGUACUGGCUCGCUAACUUCCUGUAUGACAUGUGCUCCCUGGAGCCUCGCAAAUAUGCGACUCUCCCGUGGAUGUAUCUGAUGUCCAGAAUCUUCUCCAGCUCGGACGUGGCGUUCAUCUCCUACGUGUCCCUGAACUUCAUCUUUGGGCUCUGCACCUUGUUGAUGACCAUCAUGCCCAGGCUGCUGGCCAUCAUCUCCAAAGCUCAGAGUCUGCAGAACAUCUAUGACGUCCUCAAGUGGGUUUUCAUCGUAUUUCCUCAGUUCUGCCUGGGGCAGGGGCUGAUUGAACUCUGCUACAACCAGAUCAAGUACGACCUGACCCACAGCUUCGGCGUCGAUUCCUACGUGAGCCCCUUUGAGAUGAACUUCCUGGGCUGGACCUUCGUGCAGUUGGCCUCACAAGGCACCGUGCUUCUUAUCCUGAGGGUUCUGCUGCACUGGGACCUUCUGCAGCGGCCGCGAGGUCACGCUGCCAUCCAAGGCACGGUCACGUUUUCCAAGGAUGUAGAUGUGGAACGAGAGCAGAUACGAGUGUUGAAAGGAAGGACCAGUGAAGACCUUCUCGUGUUAUGCAACCUUAGUAAAAGCUAUGGAGGCUUCUUCAAGAAGACCACCGCUGUGCAAGAUAUCAGCAUGGGCAUACGAAGAGGAGAGUGCUUUGGGCUCCUGGGGGUGAACGGGGCCGGGAAGAGCACCACGUUCAAGAUGCUGAAUGGAGACACCCCUCCGACCUCAGGACACGUGGUCGCCAGGACUCCCACAGGAGAGACCGUGGAUCUGUCUUUGGCGGGCACCGCAGGUGUUCGCAUGGGCUACUGUCCGCAGCAGGACGCCCUGGACGAGUUCCUGACUGGUUGGGAACACCUCCGUUAUUACUGUACCCUCCGCGGGGUUCCCAACUCCUGCAUUUCUCAGGUCGCCAGGGACCUGGUGAGGCGUUUACACCUGGAAGCCCAUGUGGACAAGCUGGUGGCCACCUACAGUGGGGGGACCAAGCGGAAGCUGUCUACGGCCUUGGCUUUGCUGGGCAGACCCGACCUGCUUUUACUGGGUGCCGUUGGGCUCUGGAUGUGCGUGUGGCUAGCCUCUGGGUUCAUGUGGGGCAUGUGGCUGGCGUGGCCCCUCUGUGGCCUCUACCGCGUGUACGUGCAGCCUCACAUGGAGGAAUGCCAGGCCCUGUGCACGAGACUGGCCAUAAUGGUCAACGGCAGCUUCCGGUGCCUUGGCUCCCCUCAGCACCUUAAAAGCAGGUUCGGUGAUGGCUAUACAGUCAAGAUUUGGCUCUGUAAGGAAACCAGUCCACACAGUGUGGUUUCUGACUGCUUGAAGCUCCAUUUUCCAGGGAUCCAGUUUAAGGGGCAGCGUCUUAACCUGCUGGAAUACCACGUGCCGAAGCAGUGGGAGUGCUUGGCCGACCUGUUCAGGGUUCUGGAAGGCAAUAAGACCUUCCUGAACAUCCAACGUUACUCCAUCAACCAAACCACUUUGGAACAGGUAUUUAUUAAUUUUGUUACCGAGCAACAGAAAGCUUCACCGUGCACCCGGGCUCCAUCCACCGGCUGUCACCAGCCCGAUCACCUGCCUAUCUAA